UGGUGAGACCACUGUCUCUCCUUUGCUUCCUAGAGGAUUUUGAUGCCAGCCGGGAGCAGAGACUGAGCUGGACCACUGGAGCCUCGGGUGCCGGGGGUGAUGGCACUGCAGCUCUGGGCCCUGACCCUCCUGGGCCUGGUGGGCACAAGUGCAGGCCUGCGGCCCCGGAAGCUAGACUUCUUCCACAGCAAGACUGAGCUGAACCACCUGGUCGUGGAUGAGGCGUCUGGCAUGGUGUACCUGGGCGCAGUGAACGCGCUCUACCAGCUGAGCGCCGACCUGCAGCUGGAGCAGCAGGUGUCCACGGGCCCAGCCCUGGACCACAAGAAGUGCACACCGCCCAUCGAGAUCAGCCAGUGCCACGAGGCAGUGCUGACCAACAAUGUCAACCAGCUGCUGCUGCUGGACCCGCCGGGGAAGCGCCUCGUCGAGUGUGGCAGCCUCUUUAAGGGCAUCUGUGCCCUGCGUGCCCUCAGCAACAUCUCCACGCGCCUUUACUAUGAGGACAGCAGCGGGGAGCGGUCCUUCGUGGCCAGCAAUGAUGAGAGCGUGGCCACAGUGGGGCUGGUGAGCGCCACCCAGCCCGGCGGCGAGCGUAUGCUGUUCGUGGGCAAAGGCAACGGGCCAUAUGACAACGGCGUCAUCGUGAGCACCCGCCUGCUGGACCGGGUCGAGGGCAGGGAGGCCUUCGAGGCCUGCACGGACCAUGCCACCUACAAGGCCGGGUACCUCUCCACCAACACACAGGAGUUCGUGGCUGCCUUCGAGGACAGCCUCUACGUCUUCUUCGUCUUCAACCAGCAGGACAAGCUCCCACCCCAGAACCGCACGCUGCUGGGUCGGAUGUGCAAGCAUGACCCCUUCUAUUACUCCUACCUGGAGAUGGAUCUGCGGUGCCUGGACCCUGAGGACCCUCAGACCCCCCCCUUUAGCACCUGCUUAGCCGCCUUCAUGGCCACAUCUGACGCCGGCAAGGUGCUCUACGCGGUCUUCACCAGGGACGACCGGAAAGGCGGGGGGCCCCGUGCAGGCCUCUGCCUCUUCCCGCUGGACCAGAUCCACGAGAAAAUGCAGAACAUCCGCAGUACUUGCUACAUGGGCACCUGGACCGGCGACCCUGAUAACUUCUACAAGCCCUUCCAUGGCGAGAUCCAGUGUGGCGGCCACGGUGUGGGUGCUGGCGAGAGCUUUCUGUGUGGCUCGGAGCACCUGCCCUACCCCCUGGGCAGCCGGGACGGACUCAGAGCCACGGCUGUGCUGCAGCGUGGAGGCCUGAACCUGACGGCCGUGACCGUGACCACCGAGAACAAUCACACCAUCGCCUUCCUGGGCACCUCAGAUGGCCAGGUCCUCAAGGUGUACCUGGCUCCCAACGGCAGCUCUGUGGAGUAUGGUUCCAUCCUCGUGGAGAUCAACAAGAGGGUCAAGCGGGACCUGGUGCUGUCUGCAGAUGGGGCCAGUGUGUACGCCAUGACCCAGGACAAGGCAUUCCGGCUUCCCGUGCAGGAGUGUCCGACCUACCUAAACUGCACCCAGUGCCUCGGCUCCCGGGACCCCUACUGCGGCUGGUGCAUCGUCAAGGGCCGAUGCACCAGGAGGGCCGAGUGCCCACGAGCCGAGGAGAGCGGACACUGGCUGUGGAGCCUCGAGGAGUCCUGCGUGACCAUCACAGGGGCCGAGCCACAGAACAUGAGCCGGCGGGCCCAGGGGGAGGUACAGCUGACCAUCAGUCCCCUCCCGGCCCUGGGCGAGGAGGACGAGCUGCUGUGCCUCUUCGGCGACUCCCCGGCACACCCGGCCCGCGUGGAGGGCGACAUCGUCGUCUGCAACUCCCCGAGCAGCAUUCCCAGCACGCCAUCUGGCCAGGACCACGUGGCCGUGGAGAUCCAGCUCAAAUUCAGACACAGCGAUGUCUUCCUCGUGUCCCACCAGUACCCCUUCUACGACUGCCGGGAGGCCAUGAGGCUGGAGAAGAACCUGCCGUGCAUCUCCUGUGCCAGCAACCGCUGGACCUGCCAGUGGGACCUGCGCUACCACGAGUGCCGGGAGGCCUCGCCCAACCCUGAGGAUGGCAUUGUCCCCGCCCACAUGGAAGACAGCUGCCCCCAGUUCCUGAACCCCAGCCCGCUAGUCAUCCCCAUGAACUACGAGACGGACGUGACCUUCCAGGGCGAGAAUCUGGACACAGUGAAGGGCUCCUCUUUGCACGUGGGCAGUGACCUGCCCAAGUUUGAAGUGCCAGUGAGCAUGCGGGAGCCAGGAACCUUCUUCUUUCGGACCCCGAAGCUGUCCCACGACGAGAACGAGACGUUGCCCCUGCACCUGUACGUCAAGUCCUACGGCAAGAACAUCGACAGCAAGCUCCAAGUGACCCUCUACAACUGCUCCUUCGGCCGCAGCGACUGCAGCCUGUGCCUGGCCGCCGACCCCGCCUACGGGUGCGUGUGGUGCGGCGGGCAGAGCAGGUGCGUGUACGCGGCCCUGUGCAGCAACGUCACCGCCGAGUGCCCGCCGCCCAUCAUCACCAAGAUCCAGCCGGAGACAGGUCCCCUGGGUGGGGGCAUCCGAGUCACCAUCCUCGGGUCAAAUUUGGGGAUCAGAGCGGAUGAUGUCAGGAGCAUCACUGUAGCCGGCCAGAACUGUGCCUUCGAUCCAGAGCAGUACUCCGUGUCCACCCGGAUCGUGUGUGCCAUUGAGGCCUCUGAGGCACCCUUCACGGGGGGUGUGGAAGUGGACAUCAAUGGGAAGCUUGGCCAUUCCCCACCCGAUGUCCAGUUCACCUACCAGGAGCCCCAGCCCCUCAGUGUAGAGCCGAGGCAGGGGCCACAGGCAGGUGGCACCACGCUGACCAUCAAUGGCACCCACCUGGACACGGGUUCUAAGGAAGACGUGCGUGUGACCAUCAAUGGCGUCCCUUGCAAUGUGACGCAGUUUGGAGCGCAGCUCCAGUGUGUCACUGGCCCCCAGGAGUCUGUGGGGGAGCUGCCCUUGGAGAUCUACUAUGGGGGCUCCCGAGUGUCCAGCCCCGGAAUCACCUUCACUUAUUGUGAGAAUCCAGUGCUGCGGUCCUUCGAGCCCCUGCGGAGCUUUGCCAGUGGCGGCCGCAGCAUCAACGUGACCGGGCAGGGCUUCAGCAUGAUCCAGAACUUCUCCAUGGUGGUCAUCGCCGAGCCCCUACAGUCCUGGCAGCGCCGGCGGCGGGAGGCUGGACCCCUGCAGGCCCAGACGGUCGUGGGCACGGAGUACGUGCGCUACAACGACUCCAGGAUCGUGUUCUUGUCCCCGGCUGUCCCCGAGGAGCCCGAGGCCUACAACCUCACCGCGCUCAUUCAGAUGGAUGGGCAUCGGGCCCUGCUCAGGACCGAGGCUGGGGCCUUCGAGUACGUGGCCGAUCCCACCUUCGAGAACUUCACAGGGGGCGUCAGGAAGCAGGUCAACAAACUUAUUCACGCCCAGGGCACCAACCUGAACAAGGCGAUGACACUGCACGAGGCUGAGGCCUUCGUGGGCGCCGAGCGCUGCGUCAUGAAGACGCUGACCGAGACUGACCUGUACUGCGAGCCCCCGGAGGUGCAGCCGCCCCCCAAGCGGCGGCAGAAGCGAGACACCACCCUCAACCUGCCCGAGUUCAUUGUGAAGUUCGGCUCCCGGGAGUGGGUGCUGGGCCGUGUGGAGUACGAUAGCCGAGCGAGCGAGGUGCCGCUCAGCCUCAUCCUCCCGCUGGUCAUCCUGCCCAUGGUGGGCGCCAUCGCCCUGUCCGUCUACUGCUACUGGAAGAAGAGCCAGCAGGCCGAGCGCGAGUAUGAGAAGAUCAAGCUGCAGCUGGAGGGCCUGGAGGAGAGCGUGCGUGACCGGUGCAAGAAGGAGUUCACGGACCUGAUGAUCGAGAUGGAGGACCAGACGAACGAUGUGAACGAGACCGGCAUCCCCGUGCUGGACUACAAGACGUACACCGACCGCGUCUUCUUCCUGCCCUCCAAGGACGGCGACAAGGACGUGAUGAUCACGGGCAAGCUGGACAUCCCCGAGUCCCGGCGGCCCGUGGUGGAGCAGGCGCUCUACCAGUUCUCCAACCUGCUCAACAGCAAGUCCUUCCUCAUCAACUUCAUCCACACCCUGGAGAACCAGCGGGAGUUCUCGGCCCGCGCCAAGGUCUACUUCGCGUCUCUGCUGACGGUGGCCCUGCACGGGAAGCUGGAAUAUUACACCGACAUCAUGCGCACGCUCUUCCUGGAGCUCAUGGAGCAGUAUGUGGUAGCCAAGAACCCCAAGCUGAUGCUGCGCAGGUCCGAGACGGUGGUGGAGAGGAUGCUGUCCAACUGGAUGUCUAUCUGCCUGUACCAGUACCUGAAGGACAGCGCCGGCGAGCCGCUCUACAAGCUCUUCAAGGCCAUCAAGCACCAAGUGGAGAAGGGCCCGGUGGACGCCGUGCAGAAGAAGGCCAAGUACACCCUCAACGACACGGGGCUGCUGGGGGACGACGUGGAAUACGCGCCCCUGACAGUGAGUGUGAUCGUCCAGGACGAAGGGAUUGACGCUGUCCCCGUCAAGGUCCUCAACUGUGACACGAUCUCCCAGGUCAAGGAAAAGAUCAUCGACCAGGUGUACCGCACACAGCCUUGCUCCCGCUGGCCCAAGGUGGACAGCGUGGUCCUCGAGUGGCGUCCGGGGUCCACAGCCCAGAUCCUGUCGGACCUGGACCUGACGUCCCAGCGGGAGGGCCGGUGGAAACGCAUCAACACCCUCAUGCACUACAACGUCCGGGACGGAGCCACUCUCAUCCUGUCCAAGGUGGGCGUCUCCCAGCAGCCCGAGGACAGCCAGCAGGACCUGCCCGGGGAGCGCCAUGCCCUCCUGGAGGAUGAGAACCGCGUGUGGCACCUGGUGCGGCCGGCGGACGAGGUGGAGGAGGGCAAGUCCAAGCGGGGCAGCGUGAAGGAGAAGGAGCGCACCAAGGCCAUCACCGAGAUCUACCUGACCCGCCUGCUGUCCAUGAAGGGCACCCUGCAGAAGUUUGUGGACGACCUGUUCCAGGUGAUUCUCAGCACCAGUCACCCCGUGCCCCUCGCUGUGAAGUACUUCUUUGACCUGCUGGAUGAGCAGGCCCAGCAGCAUGGCAUCUCUGACCAGGACACCGUCCAUAUCUGGAAGACCAACAGCUUGCCGCUGAGGUUCUGGAUCAACAUAAUAAAAAACCCGCAGUUUGUGUUCGACGUGCAGACGUCUGAUAACAUGGACGCGGUGCUGCUGGUCAUCGCGCAGACCUUCAUGGACGCCUGCACCCUGGCGGACCACAAGCUGGGCCGGGACUCUCCCAGCAACAAGCUGCUCUAUGCCAAGGAGAUCUCUACCUACAAGAAGAUGGUGGAGGAUUACUAUAAGGGGAUCAGACAGAUGGUGCAAGUCAGCGACCAGGACAUGAACACACACUUGGCAGAGAUUUCCCGGGCGCACACGGACUCCCUGAACACCCUUGUGGCCCUGCACCAGCUCUACCAGUACACACAGAAAUACUAUGACGAGAUCAUCAACGCCCUGGAGGAGGACCCUGCUGCCCAGAAGAUGCAGCUGGCUUUCCGCCUACAGCAGAUCGCCGCUGCACUCGAGAACAAGGUCACAGACCUCUGACCUCCGGUCUCCGCCACCAUAGUCUGGUGGCACAGGUGUGUGACGCCCAGUGCCGGCAUUGGGCAGCCCCUGGGUAAGGAGUCCGAGGUGGUGGGCACAGCCCUUCUCUCCCGCCGGCAGAGGAAGAGCCCUCCGGGGAGUGCGAGUGUGGGUGCAGCGGGGACCCCACCUCAGUGUUGGUAGCCACAUAGCGUCUUUCUCCUGAGCAAUAGUGCCUGGCGCCCUCCAGCACCAGCCCCUCCUGAAGAACCAGCAUCGGGCAUUGUCUCCGAGUGGAGUCCCCUGAGCUAUUUGUAAACGUGCCUUUCGCCCCCGGCGCCACCCGGUGUCGCUAGGGGCAGUCGGGCCUCAGCCCCCCCUUCCUGAGCACCAGCAGCCGCCCGGUGUGGGUUUGGCCUCUUUGGGUGGGGUCUGAGUGCCUGCAGCCCCCAGGGCCUCGGGCCCAGACUGCCUGCCUGACAGAGGAGAAUAGUGGUACGAUGCCUUCCUGACCUCACCUGGCCCGCUCCGCGGGGCACCAGCACAUUGGGCAGACUGCGCUCCGGGCCUCACCUCAAAGGUCACGCUGGAUGUCAGACGUCGAGGCCCAGGCAGCCAGAGGAGACCCAGCAGACCGGGGGUCCUGGCCUCGGCCUGUCAGACAGGCUGUCCUGGAGGCUCUGUCCGGUCUGGGGGGCCAGGAGGAGCUCGGCCAGGACACCCCCACCCCUUUUGUAAAUCUUGUUUAUUGUAAAUCAAAUACAAGUGUCUUUUUCACUCUG